AUGGGUAUGGUCUCACCCUUUAUAUUGAUUGGUAAAAGAAUACUUCAAACCUUGUGUCAAGAUGGAGUAGACUGGGAUGAUGACAUAUCAGAUGACUUGAAGCAACAAUGGAGAAGAUGGAGAGAUGAUUUGAUCAAGUUAAAAGAGUUAAAGAUUCCUAGAUGUUACAAGCCUGAAGAAUUUAGAAAGGUCAAAUCAAUUGAACUGCAUCAUUUCUCUGAUGCUAGCCAGAAUGGUUAUGGACAGUGCUCUUAUCUAAGGCAAGUAAGUGAGGAGGGACAAGUUCAUUGUGCACUUGUUAUGUCAAAGUCUAGAGUGACACCACUGAAGCCUAUAACUGUUCCUAGCAAAGUUGUACUUGGCUACAUUUCAAACGAAGCAAAGAGAUUCCAUGUGUUUGUUGCUAACCGAGUGCAGCUUAUUAAAGACCACUCCUCUACAGAACAAUGGAAAUAUGUAGAGUCAGCUCAAAAUCCUGCUGAUCCCGCUUCACGAGGAUUAUAUGUAAAGGAACUGAUUGAACAUUCUCUAUGGUGGAAUGGACCAAAAUUCCUCUGGGAACUUGACUAUGAUGCUAAUCUACCAUUUGUAAAUGUAAAUGUUCAAGAAAAUGAUCCAGAGGUCAAGAGAAUUUCGUCAUAUAAGAUCCAAACCAAAGAGAACACUUCUAUUCUUCCAAGACUUGAAUAUUUUUCUGAUUGGCACAGGGCAAAGAAGGCUGUUGCACUAUGUUUACGCCUUCAGCGUAGAUUCAAGAAACCUGGGAGAACAGUCAAGGAAGAACUGGCUAAAAACAAAGAAUCCAAAUACACUCCACCUAGUGUAACAGAACUUGUGGAAGCUGAAAGUGAAAUCAUAAGACAAGUCCAAACUGAAGCUUUCCAAAAGGUGAAACAAGAUUUACAAUGUGCAAACGACAAUGAAGAUGUCAGUAAAAGAAACAAAACUUUAAGGAAAGUAAGUUGCAUUUACUCACUUGAUCCCUUCAUAGAUAAAAAUAACAUCUUAAGGGUAGGUGGCAGAAUGAGACAUGCAGAAUUUGCUGCAAGCAAUAAACAUCCAGCAAUUCUGCCAAAGGACUCGCAUAUAACAGAAAUGAUAGUGUGUUAUUACCACCGGAAAGUUCUUCACCAAGGAAGAGGAAUAACAUUGAAUGAGUUAAGGGCAUCUGGUUAUUGGAUCAUUGGAGGUUCAUCAGUGAAAGACUUGAACCUGCACCCCCAUUUACAUGCUGUGGGGUAG